AUGGGUUUCCUAAGUCCUAAGCAGCCAUACUUUGGCUUGAGGGGAGGAUGGUUGACCUUCUGGAUCUCCGUUGCUUGCGCAACGGACAUGACGCUGUUUGGCUACGAUCAGGGUGUCUUUGGCGGCGUCGUCGUUACCCAGGACUUUCUCCAGGUGCAUAACCUCGCCGGUCCCUCGAAGACAUCGCUUCUGGGCACCGUCACUGCAAUAUAUGAUGUUGGCUGUUUCUUCGGCGCCAUCACCGCUGUCUGGCUGGGUGAAAAGCUGGGCCGACGGAGGUCAGUCCUGGUGGGGACCACCAUCAUGAGCGUCGGCGCUAUUUUGCAGAUUUGCUCCUAUAGCACUGCCCAAAUGAUCGUUGGGCGCAUCAUCGCCGGCAUUGGCAAUGGAAUCAACACGGCUACGGCACCGGUCUGGCAGACGGAAACCUCAGCCAUCAAGUGGCGAGGCAAGCUGGUCGUCAUCGAGCUCAUCCUGAAUAUCGCCGGUUUCUCGUUGUCGAACUGGGUCACCUUUGGCUUUUCUUUUGUCGGGGGUCCUGUUUCCUGGCGAUUGCCUCUUGCAUUCCAAUUCCUCUUCAUCGUGAUCCUCUAUUGUACCGUUCCAUGGCUACCGGAAUCGCCAAGAUGGCUCAUCGCCCACGACUACGAAGACGAGGCAUUCAAAAUCUUGGCCGACCUCGAGAAUAAAUCGGAAGACGAUCCCUUCAUCCUGGCGCAGCACAAGGAAAUCGUCUACACCGUCCAGUAUGAGCGCGAGAACGCCGUGAGAUGGGUCGACCUCCUCCGCGGCCGAACUGGCAACCAAGCCGGCACCAAGACUAUUCGACGCCUCAUACUUGGUGCUGGGACGCAGGCUUUUCAGCAAUUAUCGGGAAUUAAUGUUACCUCAUACUAUCUGCCCACGGUGCUGAUCAAGUCUGUCGGACUGACCGAGAAAAUGGCGAGGUUGCUGGCGGCCUGCAACAGUGUCUCGUAUCUUCUAUUUUCGCUGAUCGGGAUCCCAAAUGUCGAACGAUGGGGCCGAAGGAACAUGAUGAUCUUUGCAGCAGCCGGCCAAUCGUUCUGCUACCUUAUUAUCACCGUUCUGAUUCGGUAUAAUGAGAAGCCCGGGUUUGCUCACGCGCACGAAGUGGCGUCGGCUUCGGUGGCAUUCUUUUUCCUUUACUACGUGUUCUUCGGGAUUGGGAUGCAAGGCGUGCCUUGGCUGUAUCCGACAGAAAUCAACUCGCUGCCGAUGCGGACCAAGGGCGCCGCGCUCGGAACUGCCACGAACUGGAUCUUCAAUUUCAUGGUGGUGGAAAUUACGCCAAUUGGCAUCCAAAACCUGCAGUGGAAGUUCUACAUUAUUUGGACCAUUCUCAACGCGUCGUUUGUUCCACUGAUGUACUUGUUCUUUCCCGAGACGGCCGACCGGUCUCUAGAAGACAUAGAUGACUACUACCGGACCAAUCCGCCGCUGCUGGUGUUUAGAGACAAAGACGUCAUCUCGAGCAAGCGACCUGACAAAUACAAGAUCAAGGAACAGGAGGAAAUCAGAAGAGCCUCGUCAGCAGAUCCCUCAGCCUUCCGACGAGGAAGCCGUCUCAGUUACAGACAGGCUCAACUGGCUGCCGCGAGAGAAGCCCAGCGCGAAGAAGAAUAUGAGGGCAAGACUGAGCACGGAGAUUACGAGCAGGAGAAGGUCUAUCACAAAGAGGAUGUGUGA